CACAAUCGAGUUCAUGGCAGGCAGGGCUACUUGUGAAAUCCACUAGUCUGGCCGGUUCCCUUACGUUUGAACAUUUCACCUUGACCCCUAAUUUCCACUCAGUUGUCUCGCCUUUUUGCACAUGACGCGAGAUUGAGGCGCGCUGUCUAGGCUAUUCUCCUCUCAACUCUUUUGCUUUAUACAAUAAAGAAAGAGCUCUCCCUUAUCUCCUACUACAGUUGAGUCGAAGGGGAUAGAUAGUAUACCUUAAAAGAGAAAUUACCAAUUUUCGGUUUUUGAACCUUCAAAAGAGACAUCAUGAAAAACAUCAUCAUCCCACAACCAAACUCCCCAGCUGGAUGGCAGGCUUAUGCGAACUCGGAAGCCGUAGCCAGUAUCCCUCUACAAGCAGCUCAAGAUGUAAACCAGACUUCGGUGAGUAAACUUGCCUGUUGCCCUUAUUGUGCAAAGGUUGAUUUAAUUUACCCUUCUCAGAGAAUCGCGACUUUUCGCGGGGUUUUUCUCAAUGCAACCACGGUUCUCCCACACUCCAUGAGCAGGGUAAAUGUCUAUGCCGAUGUUCUUGCCUUCGCGGAUCAGACUACUAUUGUUGCGCCUAACGAUAACGGGACAAUCCUUAUUGUAUCCAGAGUUCUUACCGCUACUGGGCCAGUGACCCUCACAGUUCCAAGGGGUCUGGCAACAACAUGUGUUGUCUCAAUUUAUGCAUCUGUCCUCAACCAACCAAUUACGGUAGCCACUGGUGAUGGUUCCAGGCGAAUUAAUCUUGACCAAAUAGGAACAGGCAAAGUCUAUUCUGGGGUCAUUGUAGUCUUUAACCCAAGUGGCUUGCAAGUUGAGUAUCAGAGAUAUUACCCUUCUACCGCCAGUAAGGACCUUCAGGCGAGCUUGAACACGCAGCUACGCAUUGGUCUUGUCCAAUUUUGGCGUAAUAGCUCCAUUGCAAUCUCACUAUGCUCCCAUGUUGCACAAAUUAGCACGGGGCAACAAGCCUAUGCCCUUCUAAAUACACAGGCAAGGGCUCUUGGGCAGCAACUCGCUGGCCAAGCCAUGGCUGGACAAAAUAUGAGUUAUGCACCGGUGUUAGUCCUCAGCCGAUAUAAGGAGACAACGCAAAGCGCAUUGAAUGCUGCCUUUGCAUUCGAACACCAAUUUGAACGUUUCCAAGACAAAGCAGAGUCCUUGGAUACUCAGAUUCAAGCAUGGAAUGCCAUGUUGUCUCAAGCUAUCAAUGAGUACAACAUGCGUAUUAAUAUACGCAACUUAGCGCUCGAGAAGUACGAGUACUCGGUGAAAACAGCUACUGGCUGUCAUCAGCAAUUUGAGAAUGACGUGUUUGCCUUGGAGCUUUUGCGGAUUGCAUUUCAAGCGGGAUUAAAUCGAUGGGUUUUCGAGCAAAAGUUAAAAGCUGUGUUUGAGAUUCUUCAAGCAACGAUCAGUAAGUCACUCUACGCCAAAAUCAGAAUGUUUUUAGGAUGAUAAUGAACUAUCGCCUAGCUUUUGCGGUUGCGGUUGGUCAGCUGUGUCUCGGCAGUCCUGGUGGAGUUGGACAAGGAGCUGCAGCCGGAAGACAGGCAAUCGGGGCUGUUGUGGCAGCAGAAAAACUCAUUGGUCAGGUGAACAAAGUGUUGUCCUCUGGUACAUUACAGACGCUUCUAGACUGCAUUGAAGCCCUUGGCACUCUAUAUCCGUCAGUGGAUACAAUAGUCCGGACAAUAAUGCAAUUCGAGAAAAAUCCAAAUAUUAACAUCCCUUCCACCGGAGAUAUCUCAGGCACUAGCCGAGGGGACGCUGACGCUGCUGCCAUCGUAACCAUGGCUGCAUGGGACAAAUGGCUUUUAGAAGCCGACGAUCAGAUGGCGUUUGCCGUUGGGCAGAGUAUUGAUGGUGCUAGUGCCUAUCAGCUGGGCCUGCGGAAGCAUGCUAUUAAUGGCAAGCAACUAGCACAGGCACAAGCAGAAGCAGUCAAGUCCGGGUAUGAGUAUGUUCAGGCUCAAAUGGAAGUAAUUCGGAGUUCGCAGAACAUUGCUGAUCUUCAAGCACUAAAGGCUGGCUUUCACGGUCAAGAAGCUGUUUAUCUUGAAGCCAAAUCAAUGUUCUAUGACCGGGCCAUGGCCUUGCGAACCAAUGUCGUUCUCUCACUUCGAAAUAUGGCUUGGGCAUAUCGCUACUGGGCACUCGCCGAUAGUUCGAUCAAUCUCGACGCUCGAAAAUCUUUAGCCGAGUACCAGCAGGAUCUCUCCACCGUCAUCAUGGAGUUGGAACGUGCCGACUCAAGAUGGGCCAGUGAUCAUCAACGUGAGUCCACGAAUUCCGUAAAUUUUUUCACAACGGUAACUAAAAGUAUCGUUAGCUUUUAAUUACGAUAUUGCAUCAAACACGGUGAGAUUGCUCUUUUGGUAACUCUGCUUACCAUGCAUAAACACAAAUUGACAUGAGCUUGUAGCUUCCCUCUAACCAAGGCCAAUCCAUGAUUAAUGGUAUCAAAAGCGAUAAUCACACGGCCAGCUUUACUCUCCUCACUGACAAGCGUUUUGCAAGUCAAUUUGUUGAGGGGUCUCAUUAUCGACUGAAUGGUAUGGAUCCCACGCUCAAUGGGAUUCUCCCCAGGCCCGAAGCAAUGCAAGGUGGUGUAGUUGUAGUGAGGCUGCAGAUCACUACCUCGGGUAUCUAUUCGGAUAUUUACAAAAAUCAAGUAUUCCAUUUUGCCAGUCUUCCUCAGGUAAGACGAUGCUCAUAUGAUCUUUAUUCGAACGGCGAGAGAGGAGCGACACGUGAUGAGCCUAUCUUCGAAACCGUAGACCAUGCGGAGCCUACCCCCUUUACUCAAUGGAAGAUAAAGCUGCUGAAUCCCGAGCAGGUUAUUUUGAAUGGAUUGACAGGAAUCAAUUUGAAAUGGAAGGGGCGUGUUCGGUUUGAUGAGAGACGUCGUUUGAUGCAUGGGAUUGAAGAGCUGUAGGAAGAACUGAUGAACGAUAGUAUUUUAGGGUUCACGGGAUAAUCAUCAAACUUAUUUAUCUUUCCAAUACUCUGCAUAGCACAACAAUCAAUUUGAGAAAUCGCACGACUU